AUGCCUUCGAAAAUUAAGAAACGUCUAAAAAAGCUCAAAAAACGUCUGACUAAAGGAUAUUUCCCCUUCCGCAAAUCGCCUGCCUUGAAAUUGAUGUUCAAAUUCACAAAAAACCUCUCUGUAGAGAAUAUCCAGUUGAGUGCUUUGAAGGGAAGAUGCGAACUCCAAAAUCUCGAACUCAACGAGGAGCUCCUUAUGGAACUCCUCGAGCUUCCAUGUUGGCUUUCCUUGACCCGAGCCUUCUGCAACUCCGCCGCUCUGAAGGUGCCGUGGACGAAACUGAAGUCAGAACCCAUUGUGAUCACGCUGGACCAUGUCGAAAUCCAUGUCGAGACCUGCGAACAACUGCGGAACAUCAUACCGUCCACGAAACCGAGCUAUACGUCGGGUCGGUACGGUUUUGCAGAACAGACUUUAGAUUCCAUCACAAUUAUAGUCAACUCGGUCAACAUUCACCUCCAAAGUCCGGCGUUCGAGGCGACUCUCGACCUCCAACGUCUAAUUGUUGAUUCUCGGACGCCGAAUUGGCAGAAGGGGGACCUGCGGCAAUGUAGACUUAAGAAUCGCGACACAAAUGAACUUUUACUCUUCAAACAAAUCGAAUGGCAGACGAUGCGCAUCGAGGCGAAGGUUUCAUCCAAGCCUGCAACGCCACUGGUUGCCCUGUCACCUCUACGAUUGUUAACUUCUUCCGCUAGAUGUCGUUUGACGCUCAAGAAAAGGCUUGCAGAUUGUUCGCUAGUCACUUCUCGGCUUUUCGUGGUCUUCGACCAACUACUGUGGGUUUUUACGGAUGCACAGAUGGUCGCUGCGCUACAUUUCGCGAAUUCCCUAGCUGAUCUCAUCGAGAAAGCGACCGACCUGUCACACAAGCUGCAAGCCGGCAAGCACCUAGCUCUGCCCAUCGAUUCUUCUUAUGCAAAAAAUCUGUCGAAGAAAGAGACGCCUCUAACUGCAGUUUGGCGUGCUUACGACAUUGCUGAGACUUCAUACCAUGUUUUCUGCACCGCUAUAGACCUCCAUCUGGUGGAUGAGACGGCAACCGGGUCUGUUUGCCGAUCGGGACUUCCUGAGCUCGAAAAAGGAGGCUGCCUGCAGGUCACAUUGAAAAAUCUACAAAUCGAUCACUACCCAUUCCACCGAGCAUGCCUGGGAAGACAUCACUGGGUGAGAUAUCAGGAACCCAAUGGGGAUCGCGUGCCUUGGCUCGACGAAAUGCAUCUCAAUUAUGCCAAAAAGAAUAAACUAAUGUGCGCGGAGAACGAGUAUCGACUACCUCUACACCUGAUGUGCUCAACAACGUUACUGAUCGUCGACAAGUUCACAAUCUAUAAAGUGUCGACCUCCACAAGGGCUGAACGCCAACCCUUCCUCAAUAAUUACAACAUUGCUUCAGAGAAAGCCAUAUUUAUUGAUUUCACAUCGUACUAUUAUCCGGGAAGCUCUUCCGAUUUGUCCCCGCCCCAACCGUAUUGCUACGUCAACCUGGGUCCCAGUAUUAUACGAUUGGACAUACCCACCUUACUGUGGGGCGUUGCGUUCAUGCGCUCCAUAAUUAGAGAGAACCUGUUCAUAUUUAGCCACGAGACGCCCAUCACCAUGUGCCGUGUUGAGAUCUACUUGACGAAGGUAAUGUUCGACGAAGUCGUUGCUCAGUGCAGUCGAAUAAUCUGCAGCAACUCCAGAGAGGGCAUUUCCUCCUCGCGAGCAGAACUCAAACAAGCCCUGGAUUCGUUCUCAAGAGGACCCUUGUUCUUUGAGACGAACAAAUAUCCCUGGUCCGAUGGAGAUCUCCGAACCCCUCCCGGAGCGUCGGCCGUCUCCCAGCAUAUAGUGAAUCAUUGUAUUUCCGAGGAGGGAACAAAGGAGGACGUGUGGUCGGUUUGCGUUGAUCCGGUUUGGGUUGAUUUCAUCGAAAAAGGGCACAGACCCGAAACCAUUUUGGAUCCGCUCCCGUUGACAUUGUGGUACUGUCAGAAGCAAAUUCUCGCCCACGUCCGCGGACUUGUGAACGUCCAAAUCUGUCAUAAUCAUUUUCCCCAUCUGAUGGGAAAAGCUAAAAUGCUCGCACUUUUAAUACAUCAACUCAAGCUCGACAUUCGGAAAAGCACGACAGUACCCCGUUCGCCAUUGGACACAAUGUUGGGCGUUAUGUUGCCCAUGGUCAACGUAUCGUUGGUACUGAAAGCCAACGCGGGCUUCAAGAUGGCGACCACGAAACAGGAAAACUUCGGAUCUGACGACUCGGCGCGAUCCGAGCCCCCCACCAUAAGUUCUACGGAAUCUCUGCCGGCGGCCGCGGAGGUGAUAAGACCGCAAUUCGGUUCUCUGGGACUCCCGAGCGCGUCGUACACAGAUUCGCUCUCGGUUUCGACGUCGCUGUGCGAGGACGCAAUGGACGCUCUAUCGGUGCGUUCGGACGAAAGCGACUCGAUCGCGGAACGGUGGGCCGGAAUGCUCGGUGACGGAAAUCAAGUUGGACAUGGCAAAGAGCUUUUGGCCGGAAUCGAGUUGGCCGAAGAGGCUGCUGAGGAGGCCCACGAGGUGAACGAAGACCUCGACGAUCAGUUGAGCGCAGCAGAGUCGGACAAUCCAUCACACUUGGUGUCGGUGGUAGUGUUGAAAGUUCGGGACAUCCAGUUGGCAGUCGUGAACGACUCACUCCUAUAUCAAAUGCACUCGAUCGAAUUCGAAGAGAACAGCUCCGUCGAACGCGACGUCUACCAGGCUGAGUUCAGUGCGCGGACUCGUACCGUCGCCACCCAGAACGCCCUCAACAAACAGCUGGCCGCGACCUGCCUCGCAAGUGGCAGAGUGGAUCUCAAUGAGGCCCAGCGACUUCAGCUACUGGUUCAGGGUCUCGAGCUGAAGCUGAGCUCAGGAUCGAUAGCCGGACUUGCCGACAUGUUCCAAGAAAGCCUUCAUGCUCACAAGAACAACAACAACAACAGCAGCAGUGGCGGUGUUGGCCCCAGUAAAAGCAAUGGGAGAGCAAUACAGAGCGAGAACGCUUUUGACGAUCUGCCCUUCUCCGUUCGGGUAUUGCUCUACGAUAUCAAGGUCCGUGCGGCUCCGGGUCAGCUGCUUGUGGUCCCGCAUUGCCUCAUCGAGCGACCCUGGAGCGUGGGAAGAGAAUCUUCGGUGUACGUGUUGCCUAUCGGAUUCAGCACAUUGGACGAGAGCGUGGAGAAGCUACUCAGGAACAAUAUCAACAUUGAUAAACUGCCGAUGACCUCGCUGAACCAAGUGAUUCGCGAGAGCAGCUACAUGCAUCAUCUUGCCACUCGGAUACAGAUGUUGGAGAAUGACAACAAUACACUUAAGUCGCAGAGUAAACAGCACAAGAAAGAAUACGAGAAACUCUCGGCUCAGAACGCAAAGCUUCGAGCUGAAAUCGAACGACUACAGCAGGAGGUUGCGUCACGAAUCAAGUGAACUUUUUCAGAUUUUUCUGCUCUUGGAGAAUUCUUCCCGCCAGUCCGGUGGCUGGUUUGUUGUUUCUGACCCACGUUUUUUCUUAUACCUUGUAUUUUGAGGCUGAGCAGCGGGAGCAAGAAUUGUAGUGACUGGCUCCCGCCGGGAGUCGAGCCCUGGAGGGCGAAUGAGUCCUGAAAUCCCGCUCGGCAAUCGAGCUGGAUGCGGACAUUUUGAAU